AUGCUCAUUACUGAACUACCGAUCGAUAUCGUAUACAACAUUCUCAGCAACCUGGAUGCUACCUCCCUCUGUUGUCUCAAUUGCUCUUGCAAGUUCUUUGCGCAGUUUGCCAAUGACGAACUCUUGUGGAAGCAUCUCGUCUUUCGUGUAUACAACCUACCAUUGACAAGCACAUUUCGGUCGUCAGGAUGGAAGUCGCUCUACUCAAGACUCUCGGAUUCACGCGUGUAUACUUGGGGCGAGAAUCAAGACUUAAGGUUGGGUCACCCUAAUCCAACUGUGCCCAUACGUGUUCGUGGCGCAUUCGCCCCUCGUCAUAUCUCAGAACCAAAAGAGCUUGAAAGCAUGCGAGGAAAAGGGAUUGUGGACAUUCAUGCAGGUGGUUGGUCAUUCCAUGCCCUGGAUCGUCAUGGUCGUGUCUGGAUGUGGGGAACAAUGGCUGCAGACACGGGUCCUUCCAUCAACAUUGGUGCUCAUCGUGUGAUGAACCCUACUCAAGUGGCACUCCCAGCCGACGUCAAAAUCAAAUCCAUGUCAUGUGGGCGGUCUCAUGCAAUUGCUCUUGCAAAGGAUGGCAGUGUUUGGCAUUGGGGCAAUAUCUGGGUCCCUCAGCGUAUUAGGAUGAAUGCACGCGUGCUUCAAGUGACAGCCAAUUGGGGUUAUUCAACCGUCCUUACAACAGAGGGCCGUGUAUACAUUGUCGAUUUACCACCCAAUGUUCGUUCCGAAGAUGAAGUCUUGGAUGAUCUCACAGUAUCUGAGGAAGACAUGGUUGACCUACAAGCCAUUGAGAAUGAUGCUCGUAUAUCUCACAAGGAAAUCAAGCCUAUACAAGCUGGCGAUCGUAUUGUGCAGGUGGCUGGCAUGGAAAAGAGUACAUUAGCACUCACUCGCUUUGGCCGAUUAUUCAAGCUCGUCACCCACAAUGAAGCUCAAUUUGUACAUUCACCAGCUUCCAUGACAACCGAACUCGAAGCAUUUGGUGCAACAGAACCAGAAUUGAAUGAUCCAAAUGACAAGAUGCAUCGCUUUAUCACCGCACAAUUUCGCAAUUUUGCAGUAUACACAUUGGAUGGGAAGGUUUUAUUGGGACACGAAUCGGAUGAACCCCCUCAAGUUCUACCACAACUACAAAGUGACAUUUGCAAGGUUUCCUUUGGAGACUAUCAUUGUGGUGCAUUGACCAAUAAUGGCAAGCUGUUGACUUGGGGAGCAUAUAGCGCUGGUGCUUUGGGACAUGGCAGUGGCCAACCAUGGUCAAAUAAGGAGACACCAGAAGCUGUAAAUUACUUUUCGGAUUCGUUUGUAUUUGCCAUUGGAUUUGGAGGAUGGCACAGUGGUGCAUUAGCUAUCCCUAUAGAAAGUGACUAA